AUGCGGAUUUUCAUCCUUUUUGGACAAUUACUUACAGUUUUUUCUUUCAACAAAGUAACUGAAGACAAUGAGUUAUUUAACAAGGCAAAGUAUGAUAUUUACAAAUCCCUGGGUAUCGGCAGCCAGAACUGGACCAACCAUGUGAAACUCGUCAACAACGGAUAUGAAGGCCUGUACAUUGCGAUUUCCGACAAGGUGCCAGAAGACUGGUCUCUUGUUGGAAAACUCGCUCAUCUGAUUCGCAUUUUCUCGAAAAUUCUUUAUGAAAAAACGCAAAAGCACUUGUAUCUCCGUCACGUGAGCAUCGUCAUUCCCGAAACUUGGAAUCCCCUUCAGCAAAGACCAGCUUCGUACGAGACUAACUAUCUUCGAUAUGAAAAUGCUGCGAGAGAAAUCUGGGUGAAAAACUGGAAUACGACUUGGGACAGAAGAAUGUACAAAAGCGCACCUAACUUUGAAAAUACGCCCAUGAGAGUAUAUUUUUCCGAUGAACAAGAUCCUAGCUCACCUAGAGCAGUAAAAGGGACACCUUGUGGCGAAGCAGGACGAUACAUUCACAUGAGCUCUUCAUUUUUCACAAAGAAUGAUCAACUUUUUGGCGAUACGAAGAAAUUAUCAGUUCAGCAAAAACUAACAUUUGAAUCGAGCAACUUCUUCUUCGAAUGGGCAAAAUUCAAAUGGGGCGUUUUCGACAGUGUCCAACCACAAGUCUGCAAAAAAUUCAAAGAAGAAAAGGUCAGAAAAGACGGAUCAAAGUGCUACGAUACGAAUGAGGAAGAUUGCUUCAUUCUCGGAAUCGAGGAGAAAUCCCAACAAUGCCAGCAUUGCAAUGAUCGAACUGUGGAAGAUGUUCUCCUCGAGCAUCCAGAUUUCACCGGUCUAGUUAGUCCGAGUUCUCUGGAAGUGAAUGAUGCAAUACCAGAUAUAGAUCUCUUCUUCCGGCCACCAAGGAGAAUCGUUCUUUGCCUUGACGCGUCUACAUCCAUGCUUGAAGGAAAUCGCCUGAGCAUGGUCCGAAACGCAGUGAGACAGUUUAUCUACACCGUCUCUUCUGGAACAUAUGUCGGAAUCAUCAGCUUCAAUCGAAUGAGCACGAGGCGACAAGAUUUAAUUGAAAUAGUGGAUGAGGAUGAGCGAGCAUUUCUCGUCUCGCGACUUCCUAAAGACGAGUCUGUCGCAUCUGGGACCUCGAUUGGCAAAGCCAUUCUCAGGGGCAUCAACAUGCUCCAGCAGUCUGGGCCCGAGUAUCUUAGAACGAUGGAUGGAGGAGAAAUUCUCUUGCUCUCUGACGGGCUAGAGUGGAACACGCCGUCGGUGGAAGAAACGAUGGAGCUCGUACAACUUUCUGGAGUAACUGUAAACACGAUUUCUUUGGGAAAUUCCGAUACAAAUGUUCUUGACUACUUGGCACUUGCAACUAAAGGAACACCGUCCUAUUCGCUUGUUCAGCCAGAAGAAUCUCUUGUCGCGCUUACUGAUGCGUUCUACAGUCAACUAGGGACAUCAGAAGGAGAAGCUAUACCAAUUCAAAAUCAGCAGUUCACAAUGGAACCUAACGCUAUUAAAUAUCUACCUUUUGUGAUCGACCCUUCCAUCGGCAAAAAUACGUUCAUACAGUUCCAUUUUGGAUCGAAGCACUCCAACUCUAAAAUCUUGGUCAAACCAAAGAUUGAACUUAUCUUCCCCAACGGCGAAAUCUACGACAAAACAUCAAAUCGAGCUCGAGGUGGAAAGGUCGUGUUUUCGACGGAAGCGGAGAACAAUUUGAGAAUAAGUCUUCCUGGUCUAAUCGAGUUCGGAAGAUUCAAUUUGAAAAUUGACACAAGUGGAAGUUCAGAAGAAGUGUCAAUUUUCGUCUCGAUCUCUUCUUUUGCAAGAAAACCGUAUGAAUAUCCCAUUCAGAUGAAUAGCUACGUUAUGCAGCCGAAGCAAAAGACGGAACUCUACGUCUUCGCCGAGAUUCAGCAGGGCCAGUAUCCAGUAGUCGACGCCUACGUCUGGGUGGAAAUUUACCGACCAGCUGGUUCUGGAAUCGAGACCUUCCGGAUUGAACUCUUGCGAUUAUACGAUGAUGGGUUGUACGGAGACUUGAAUGCGAAUGACGGAAUUUACACUGCUAUUUAUUCUGAGUUUCUUUCACAGGUAGAGACGAACCCGGAGACCGAUAACAAUUCUCAGGGAAAAUAUAAAAUGCGCUUCUUCGCCACAAGUGUUCAUCCGUUCGACAAAUCAACCCAGAGCCAAAUUGUCGCGCGAGUCAACCGCAAAGGAUUCAUCGGUGGGAACUCGACCCAAGAAGGCAUAAAUUUCAUCAACUCUCGUGGAAAACGAUCGACAGGGGAAGAGGAUCAUGAUGAUCCAAGAAACUUCCCAAGGGCUGGAAGAAGUUGGGCAAUAAACAGGGGCUCUUAUAUUCAAAGAGAACGGCUUACUCGGACACAUUGGCUGAACAUGGGGCUCGGAACCCAACGAUUAUGGGAUCGCGCGACUGUGAUGGAAACAUCCGAUAUUUGGGAACGAAUCGCUACCAUCACUGCAGCACCACGUGGUUUCAAAGGCAUUUGCGAGGGCGAAGACUUCUUUCCCGUCAUGAACCGCUGCUACAAAGUCGUCGAUACUGAUCCAACACCGCGAGUCGUUCUGGCGAACAUGUCCUGCAAAGCCGAAGAUGCAACGCUGAUGAAAGCCGACCAAGUGGAUGAAAUCAUGCUCGCCUUCAAAGUCACCAAAGAAAUCCAACAAAGCAUUUGGAUCGAUGGUUAUGAUCAGAACGCGCUUGAAACGGCAAAGGAGAAGUUUUUCAGGACAAAAGAAAAGACGCCAAAUCGACAUGUUAGGAACCAACUAAGUUAUCAACCGAGUUUGAGCGAUCUCAGGAACAUGUCUACUGAGGCUUACAAUAACUGGCAUAAAGGCGGCGGACAUCCAGAGCAAUGUCACUGGAUGACUGUAGCUCCGCCAGGCAAACUCAGUCAGAUCGUCAACUCGACCAACAAAGUUCAAUGUGUAACCAGCGAGGAAUCGCAUGCGUACAUUUGUGAAAAAGCAGGGAGAGAUGUCAGCCCGCCAGAGCCGAUUCGAGAGCUCUCUGUUCGUAGAUACCGGGAACAAGCAAUUAUUGGAUUCAAAGAACCUCAUGAUCAAGGCCGAAGAGUGUCUAAGUACGAAAUUCGUCUCUUCGCGUCUCAUCCAAGAGACACGAAACUAUCGAAUUUCGCAUAUGGAUAUGUCGUUCCGGAAUUCGACCCCCUUUUUACUUCUUCAAAGGAUUUGCUUCCCGUCAAAAUCGAGCAGGAAAAAUCAGUUAGUCUCGAUUUAUCAACGCUCAAAGAUGCUCCACCUUACUUUAUUGGCAAUAUUGAAGUGCACAUUGAUGUCAAAGAAACGCGAACUUAUGGAAAAGAUGCUCUCAUACAUGAUCUCAAGCGUUUCUUCACUAAUUUGAGCAAACAAUACCGGCUUGGCUCGUAUAUAACGAGACUGCAUGUCUCUGCGUCAAAAAUGUUGAAAGACGGAAACGAUUGGAGCGAAGUUUUCAGCGACUUGAGUUCAAAUGUCCGGAUUUUCGGAGAUGCAUCCUUCCGGGACCCGAGUAUCUACCCGCUAAUCCGAAUCUUCAUCACGAAUUCUGACUUGACGCUGUUCACGAGUCAAAAUUUUGGAGCCAUCGCCGGACAGACGUCGGAAUUGAUCUUUCUUUCGUUGAACACAGAUGCUGAGGAUUAUGAGCUGACCACCAAUCAGACCAUUGUACCUGUUAUUGAGCAAGAACCCUCUGCAGAAGUCGCUCCUACCUUGAUCAGAAAAAAUGAUGAAGAAAAAGUCGUCAAGUUCACUAUCAUCAAAUGCCCGGAAAUGCCCGAAUGGGGAAGAGAAAGAAAUACUGUUUUCUGGGAACAUUUGAAGGCCAAGGCGAAUGAACAUACCCUCAAGGAGAUCAUCUGGCAAUUCAGCAUCACAUCUUAUGAUCACGAAGGAAACAUGGCAGAUCAUUCACCUCUGCGGAUUAUCGACGUUACUGGCCGAGAAAGACGGGAAGUUCAAGUCAUUCAAGAGAAAAAGAAUAAUUACAAUCCGACUGCGGCACCUCCACAUAUCAAUAUUAACUCCAAAUUGAUACAAACUCCAGAAGUGGAAGUAAAUGCCUACCCAACAAAACCAACCCCCGCAGAUGAUACAAACUACACGGCUAUCGGAAUGAUUACCGGUGGACUCAUCGGGGCCGCGGCAAUCGGAACCGUCUUGGCAAUCAUGCAACGCGGAAAAAAGACCGUCGACGAGCAAAUGAGCAAGCGCAAAAAGUCCAAAAGGAAGAAGUCGAAAAAGAAGAAACCGGCACGUCGGCAAGCUUCUAUUCUCGAUCUUGCUAAUUAUAUGUGA